AACAGAAUCAACCAAUUCAAGUAUUAAUGAUGAUUUUGAGUUAUCCACGCCAGCUAUAAUUUCAAAAUAUGGAUAUCCAUCCGAAAGUUACACAUACAAGACAAUUGAUGGCUUUAUUUUAACAAUGUUUCGAAUACCAAACAAGAAAGGUCAACCAAUUAUAUUACAACAUGGGUUGGUAGCUGAUUCGAGCUGUUUUCUACUGAAGAAGGAAGACUCACUACCAUUUUUACUGUCCAGGGCGGGAUAUGAUGUAUGGCUACCAAAUUUCAGAGGCACUAUGUAUUCUAAUAGCCAUAUAAAAUACAAGCGUGAAAAUGAAGAAUAUUGGAAUUGGAGUUGGGAUGAAUUGGCUGCAUAUGAUUUAUCACGAACAUUAGAAAUUGUUGGUAAAAUGACCAAUCAAACUGGUAAUAUUUUAUACAUUGGCUAUUCAAUGGGUACAACUACAUUUUUUGCAUUAAUGGCUUCAAAACCAGAAUACAAUCGAUACGUAAAGGCCAUGUUUGCUUUGGCACCAGUCGUAUAUGUUAAUCAUAUGAAAGGACCCACAAAAUUGAUUGCAUUUUUCACUAGGUUCCUUUUUAAUCUUCGAAAAGCAAUGGGAGGAAGUGCAGCAGUUUUUGCUAAUAUUCAUAAUUAUCGGAAACUUAUUGUGAAUGUUUGUAGCAGUUAUUUGUCUUCAGUAUGCCGUAUAAUUUUAUUUCUAGGAUCUGGUUUCGAUGUACCACAAUUGACAAUGAAAACAUUAUAUAAUGUAUAUGGCCAUUUACCUUCGAGUACGUCAAUAAAAGUUACUGUCCAUUACGGACAGCAAAUUAAUUCUGGUGAUUUUGGAUAUUUUGAUUAUGGUGAAGAGGAAAAUAAAAUUCGGUAUGGCUCAAAGAGACCACCUUUAUAUAACAUUAGUAAAAUUACCGUGCCAAUAGCUAUUUAUUGUGGCAAAAGCGAUUGGCGAUCACAGCUUCAGAUUACAUUCAAAACAAUCCAAUCAAGUUCAAUUUUAAUUAAUAAAUACUUAAGUAAACCAUUGUGCUCAUAUUCUAAUAUGAAACAAACAUUUAAAUUCAAUUCAAGUUUUGUGUUAUUAUUACAAACAUUGUAUGUUUUAUUAUUAACUAUUUCUAUGAUUGAUUCGAAAAGUCCAACAAUUACUGAUGUGGAUGUAAAAUUGAAAACUCCAGCAUUAAUUGCAAAAUAUGGUUAUCCAAGUGAAGCUCACACAAUUAUCACGGAUGAUGGUUUUAUUUUAACAAUACACCGAAUACCCCACAGCAAAGGAGAAACGGAUCCCACACACCGAGGUCAACCAAUACUAUUACAGCAUGGGUUAAUUUCAGAUUCUAGCUGUUUUUUUCUGAAUCAAGAAAAUUCAUUACCAUUUUUACUAUCAGAUGCUGGCUAUGAUGUAUGGUUAUCAAAUAUUAGAGCAACUACUUAUUCUAGUGGCCAUACGAAAUAUGAUCGAAGUGAUGUUAAGUAUUGGGAUUGGAGUUGGGAUGAAAUUGCUGCAUUUGACUUAGCACGAAUGUUAAAAUUUAUUGGUCAAAAAACAAAUCAAAUUGGUAAUAUUUUAUAUAUUGGUCAUUCAAUGGGUACAACCACAUUUUUUGCGUUAAUGGCGUCCAAACCGCAAUAUAAUAAAUAUGUAAAGAGUAUGUUUGCUUUGGCACCAGUUGCAUAUGUAAACAAUAUAAAAGGACCUUUAAGUAUAAUUUCGACAUUCUCAAAUAAUGUCUACUGGGUUUACAAAGCAUUGGGAACUGGUCAAUUUAUACCAAAUGCAAGUAUUUUUCGUGUAUUUGUUAAUUAUGGAUGCAGUUUUCGAAGAUCCUCACCAAUAUGUCAAAACUUAAUAUUUUUACUAACUGGUUUCGAUAAACCACAAUUUGAUCAGAAUAAAUUGCCUCUAGUUUUAGGCCAUUUACCGUCACCUACAUCCGUAAGAACGGUAGUCCAUUUUGGACAGGGUGUAAGAUCUGGCAAGUUUAGAUACUAUGAUUUUGGUGGAAAAGAAAAUGAAGCUCGUUAUGGUACCAAAACACCUCCUCAAUAUAACAUCAGUCAAAUUACGGUUCCAAUAGCACUUUAUUGUGGACAAAAUGACUGGCUUUCUCAACUUAAGGAUGUGGAACGUUUUUGGGAAGAAGUGCCAACAAAAUUAACAAAAUAUGUGAUACCUUAUGAUAAUUUCAAUCAUGGUGAUUUUAUUUGGGCUAAAGAUGUUAAAACAUUAUUAUAUAAUCAAUUGUUAUCUGAUAUAAAGAAAUUUUCAUAGUAAAUUGAAUAAUAAUUUAUUUAAUAUUAAUAAAGGGUUGUCUCAAAACAACUACCCUAACCCUAACGCAGGAUUUGAAGUUUACACCAUUUGUGUGGAAGUAUGUUGACAACGAAAAAUAAAGACAGAAUGACCCUAGAUGAAAGUCUGGGGUUUUUAAAAAUGAAUUAAAAAUAAUGAGUUUUCACUGCCGAGUAGGGUUUCAACUCCAAAUCUCGUGCUAACCAUGAAAAUUAAUUUCAUUUCAUUAAAUGUAAACUUUUUUAAAUACUGAGAAACUAGUCCAGUAUAGACCGCCUAAAUCAUGGAAUGUAAUAUCGUUGGAUUUUUUACUUUUGAAUUUCUUUAUAUCUGAACCUUAUGUUUAUAAAACUAGCGACCACCCAAAUCAUGGAUGUAACAUCGUUGCAUUUUUUAAUUUGGAAUUUCUUCUGUAUGAAGAAAAUUGAGAGCUGUAUCAAGAGAAGUUAGCACAUUUAUACAAAAUAGUCAAGGAAAAUUUCAACAAAAAAGCUCGUCUGUAUCAGCAAAGCCUUGAGGUUCUUCCAAUAUGCUAUAAAUUUUAGCCUAUACCCUAUUCCAUACAUAACUCUAUAUACUGUAUACAUAUUUAACGAAUCAAUAAAAUAUUUACAACUUUCAAAUAAA